AUGCUAGGUGUUGUGUUAUUUCUGCGUGGGAUCCUAGAGUUGUCAGGCGCUGCAUGUGGUUUUGUGUUGUGUCAUCUGCUGGCUGCCAACGUUGUUGCGUUGCUGCAUAGCGAGCCCUUUGACCCCACGUUUGUGCUGAGUCGCUCAGUGUCCAACAUUAUCUGUUCCGUGCUCUUCGGCAGCUGCUUCCACUACGAUGAUGAGCGUCUGCUCACCAUUAUCCGCCUUAUCAAUGACAACUUCCAAAUCAUGAGCAGCCCCUGGGGACCUAGGAAUGGAGAGGAAACAGUGGGCGGGGAAAGGGCUGCUCAUGGCCCUCCCAGGGCCCGCCCCUCCCAUCUGACCCCACCCAGAGUUACACGGCCACGCCCACUCCCCUCCGCUGAGCAUUUAUGGCCGCCAUGCCGUCCUUCCCACUCCCCCUCAGCCCCAACCCCAACCCCAACCCCGGCCUCUCCAGAACCUGGCUACCUUUGGAGAUCCAGUCCCUGCCUACCUCAUCCACACAGACCCCGUUCUCGCCUGAACACACUUCGUCCUCCUCCAAAACCCUCCCACUCUGGUCCCCAGUUGUACAACAUCUUCCCGAGCCUCCUGGACUGGGUGCCCGGGCCGCACCAACGCAUCUUCCAGAACUUCAAGCGCCUGAGAGACCUCAUCGCCCACAGCGUCCACGACCACCAGGCCUCUCUAGACCCCAGAUCUCCCCGGGACUUCAUCGACUGCUUCCUCACCAAGAUGGCAGAGGUAAUCCCUACCUGGAAAUCCCACCUCUAGUCUGACCUGAAAUUCUCCUGCUGCCCCGGCCUCAAACCCACAGGGACCCCAGAUGGGGCAGGGUUGGGGGACCUUCUCCCUGGAGAAGCUGAAGCAUCUGGCCCAGCUGGGCUGGAGCCAGGAGCC